AUGUGGCUAUCCUUUCACUUGGGAGAGGCAGUGGGACUGGAUAAUUGGAUCGAAGUGCGACUUGAUAGGGGUUUGGUUAAUCAAGCUUGGCUUGAUAUGUUCUCUGCUGCCAAACUUUUUAAUAUGGAAGUCUCAACAUCGGACCAUUGUCCGAUCUUUAUGGACUUAACGACUGAGCUUCCAACUUCUACGAUUGGAAGGUUCAAAUUUGAAAAUGCCUGGUUGCGGGAGCCCAUGUGUAUGCAGCUGGUGAAGGACAGUUGGGAGGGCUGUGUUGAGAGUGAUAUUCAAAGGAAAGUGGCUGCUUGUAGUGCUCAGUUACAGGGCUGGGGAAAGGAAUAUACAGGAAACUUUAAAGAAAGAAUCAUGCGUUGGAAGAAGGAGAUGAAGCGCUGGAAGUUUGGGCGAGAUGAUUUGUCUAUUACGAACUUCAAACAAGCAAAACUGAACUUGGUUGAAACAUAUGCUCAACGUGAAGUAUUUUGGCGUCAAAGAUCCAAACAACUCUGGCUUCAAGAUGGAGACAAUAACAACAAGUUUUUUCAUGCUUUGUCACUGCUCGUCGACGAAAUAAUUCCAUUCGAAACUUCAAAAUGA